AUGAGGACACUAAUACUGAUAUACUUCGUGUCGUUGGUUCAGUGCGAGUUCAAAAGUGACGUGAAACAUAUAAGACACGCUCGGACCCUCAUCAGACACGGCAGGUCCAGGGUUCAUCUCACGAGGCUUCACACCAAGGGGAGGGAUUCCCUACCACAGGGUAUCGACGCUGAAAGGAACAGUGAGUUAGAAAGUAUCGAUAAAUCUGGUGAGGAUCCAGUAGUUUCAAUAGUAAACAGACCGUACGGAAACCCAGAUGCAAAUACAGAUAAAGAAACUGAAUCAAUAUUACAAUACCUCGGUAACAUCUCCAAAGACCUCAUCUCAAGGAACGUGACAGAUCCAGAUGACGUCUCAUUAGUAGAUCAUUUCUAUAAUCUGAAGCAAAGUUAUGAGAACGAGACUCAGUUGUCGUUAGAAGAUACAAGUGUGGAAAGUGUUCUCAAGGACAAUAAUAGUAAUGAUUCAAGUUUAAAUUCGAACAACACCGUUUCGAGAACUAACAUCCAGGAAGAUGUUGUUACAAAAUUUCUAAGACUAAUAGAAACUCAACAUUUAUUGGGUGAGAAUUGUACAGCGGGCACUCAUCUGAAUUUAGGUGAAGGGGUCGUCGAUAGAUACGCUCAGGAAAGAUUCAGAAUAGAAGCAGAUGUGGCCGUUAAUAGAGCUAACAUGUUGACAAGGUUGUGGAAAUACAGCGGAAGAGAUGUCAUGCAUCAUGAAUAUCUACUGCACGCUGUAGUAGUUUCGAUGGUCGAGUUUAAUAAAGACAUAUUCGCUGCCGGAAACUGUUACGACCAAAACCAAUAUAAAGAAUACCAAUUGUUCUGUCCAUUCGCCUAUCGAUUACCAGAUGGACCAAUACUGGCAAAAGAUUUGGCCGUCGAAUACAAAUAUUUGAGCAAUACGUCGGAGUGGUUUUACAUCGCUCGAAAGAACGCUGAACGUGUUAUACGAAACAAUAACCAAUUUUUACGAGGUUACAACACAUACACAUACAACGACACAGCCCACACAGAGCGACAACUGGAUGAGAUACUGUCGGUCGUGUACGAAGAUGGGAAGUGGUCCAAGCCGUACUACGACUGUGGUGGCGGUAACAUCUGGAUGCUUACCUACACUGUGCCUUUCUUUGGUUACAACAAUGGAACUUAUUUUUUCAAGGGUACGAGCGGUAUAGACAUUGAUCUCCGGCGGGUCGACAUCGACCAGUGUCCCCUGCAGGCGGGCUCCACUCAACUUAAUAUUUUCGCUGGUACUGACAAAUGUAAGAAGACAACUACAGAGUGUAAACCUGUGCCUGGCCUGGGAUUUCGUCGUGGCUCGUACCGUUGUAUUUGCAAACGCGGUUUCUACUUCCCUAACACCACCUCUGAAAAUCGCUUCUACAACGGCAGUGACAUCGAAGAGGAAUACGAGAAGUAUCUAUCAGAUCAACCAAGUCUGUACUCGUCUGAGCUAGCGUUCGAGUGUCUUCCGUGUGCUGAAGGCUGUGAGUCAUGUGUAGACGAUUCUCCCUGUGUGGCUGCACUCAACUGGGCCAUAAGGACUACUAUCUUAGUACUCGCCUGUCUCGUCCUGUCUUGUCUUCCAUUCAUCGUGUACUUCACUAUCAAAUAUGGACAUGUGAGAGUGGUUCGUGCGGCCAGUCCAGCCUUACUCCGCAUGAUCGUGUUAGGAGCAGCGCUGAUAUACUGUACGACUCUGGUGAUGUACGGACGACCGACCCGAUUCACUUGUACAGCAAGAGUGUGGCUUAGAGAGGUCGGAUUCUGUUUGACAUACGGCGCCUUGAUGCUCAAAACGUGGAGAAUCUCAGUGAUAUUUCAAGUAAGGUCAGCCAGGGCGGUGAAGAUAUCUGACAUGUACUUGCUCCGUCGUAUCGGAGUGAUCGUGGGCGCGGCGUGCGUGUUACUUUCUAUCCGAACAUUAGUAGCGCCUCCUGCCGUCAUCGUUGGACGAACCAAAGAUGAUCUAAAAGCAUAUCUAUGUGACACAGACUGGUGGGACCACUCGUUUACUACAUUGGAGGUGAUCUUUCUGAUGUGGGGUAUUCGACUAUGUAUCAUGGUGCGGAAAGCGCCAUCAGAAUUCAAUGAGAGUCGCUUCAUAUCCAUGGCCAUCUACAAUGAAUUUCUUCUCUCACUUUUCCUUAAUAUUUCAAUGUUGUUCCUCAAAUCGCCGGCUAAUCCUGAUCUUUUGUACAUAAUAUUCUUCUGUCACACGCAGUUAACUGUAACUCUGCUUCUGUGUUUUAUUUUUGGGAGUAAGGCCUAUAUGGUGUUCCGCGGCCACGGUAAAGACGAUCGAGAGAAGACUGGCAAGUUCAGAUCAAGACCAGCAGAGUCCACUUACAUCAUGACAACUAACAGAACAACCCGCUUCUGUGAUAACAUGACAGAAAAUGAUGUUGAGGAGGAGUUCAAAAAGGUAUGUAGCCAACUUGAAAAACUUAGAGAAAGGUGUGACACACAUAACCACAUCAGAAACAUUAUUACUGACAUGCUAGAAACAGCGAGUAAAUAUGAACGUAAGCCGAUACCUACGGAGCCAGCUCCUCUCAAACUUAAUACAGUAUUUAGUGCUGUAGCUGGGAGACUCAUGUGUGCAGUCACACCUGGGGAAGAAUCCAGUAGUAGUGGAAGAGAUUUGCCAUUUGAGGCACCACCAAUUUUCAGGCAGAAAAAUUUCACACCCCCAAAAAGCACCGAUAACAGCAACGCAGAACAGAGUCAUACGGACGUAACAACAGAUUCUCCGAAGAAAAGAUUGGAUACAGGUGAGGAGACUAGUGAAGAGAAACCUAACGGUGUCUUCAAAAUUUCUGGUGAGGCAGCAUGUAGUGAUAUUCGUCCGCCCGACGUAGCUAGUAGAAAUGGUAUUGAGAGGAGUGAAAAAAGUGAGCUUAAAUCUAGUCCAAGUAGUACGGAGACUAUCCGCGGUGUAAAGUCAGGUCACACGAGGACUCACGCUAUAAUAAUUAAUUUAGACGAUAAGAGUCGUUUUACCGAAGAAGUGACAGUUUAA